UCUCUCUCUCUCUCUCUCAUUUUAUAUAUAUAUAUAUAUAUAUCAUUGCGACUGGGCUCAGGUGAAGCGGCAAGUCAAGAGCAAAGGGUAUCUCUGACUGUGUAGGGGUGUUCUGAGAUCACAUACAAAAAUGGCGAAGGCAGUAGCUGUUCUUUGCAGCAAUGAGGGUGUCGGUGGAGUUGUCAACUUCACCCAAGAAGGAGAUGGUCCUACUACGGUAACCGGAUGCGUAUCUGGUCUUAAGCCUGGGCUUCAUGGUUUCCAUGUCCAUGCCCUUGGGGACACAACAAAUGGCUGCAUGUCUACUGGGCCACAUUUCAAUCCUGCUGCCAAGGAGCAUGGUGCUCCUGAGGAUGAGAAUCGUCACGCUGGUGACCUGGGAAAUAUUACUGCUGGCCCUGAUGGUACUGCUAAGUUCACAAUCACUGACAGCCAAAUUCCACUUGUUGGACCAAACUCCAUUGUUGGUAGGGCGGUUGUUGUCCAUGUAGAUCCUGAUGACCUUGGGAAGGGGGGGCAUGAGCUUAGCAAAAGCACUGGAAAUGCUGGUGGCAGAAUAGCCUGUGGUAAGCUAGCUUGGCUUAAGAAAUGGGAAAGGGGAAGUGGACAAUAUUCUCAGAAAGGAAUUUGAAACUAACCUGUUUCGUUUCAUAUGUCAACUUCUGGUUUGCUAAGAUCAUUUCGUUGGUGACAUUUAGUCUGGUUUGCUGUUUUUUGGAUUUGAUUCUAUAUGAGGAUUUACUUUACAUGCUAGUUACAACAUUGUAAAAACUUGUAUGACACAUACAUGAGGAUCAUUUUGUUCAUCGUGUUUCCAUUUUUUGAUUGAUGUGCGGAUCGAAACUGGGAAAUAAAACAAUGUAAACCAAAGCAUUCCCAAAACACAAGUAGAAAGUAGGAUGGGUUUUUUCAACCCCUUAAUUCAAGCAUACUUCUGAUUUUUCUAAUCUUAUGCAGGUGUUAUCGGACUGCAAGGUUAAUCUGGUUCGCUCGACUCAUCUUCAAAUGCUCAGCAGCUGCAUGCAUGUGUUCUCCUAUGGCUCUGAAAAUCUCUUGAAGUCUUAGUAGCUUUUGAAUAAAGGGGAAAACCUGUCUUUUUUGGUUGUAUCAUCUUGAACUAUAUGCUCUGCUUUGUACUUUUGUUCUGGAAGUUUGUCAAUAUGGACUGGUUUUUCUGUCUCUUGUGCUGAACAUAUCCCAUGGGGGUUGUGGCCAUGCUCUUUGGUAUUCUGCUAUGGACUUUAAUCCUUAAAGAGUAUCGUUUAAAA